ACGGGAGGACGGGUCUACCUUUGUUUUUACCACGUGGUAUAUACGUCAUCAUUUCGCGCCCGUCUGAGAUUCAGCGGCAUGUAAACACAGAUGAGCGACAUGGACAAAACAGCUCUAGACCUUGUUAAGGUCCAUGGAGGUGGAGGGUAUGACUCUGAUUUUAGUGAUGAUGAUGGUGGUGGAGGGCAGUCCAAAUAUGAUGAGAAAAGGGCAGGUGAAGAUGAGCUGUUACAGAAGCCAUUCCAGAAAGGUCGACAUACCAAGGUGGCCCAUAAAAAUGUUGCUGCCCAUGAAUGGGACAGAGAGGAAGCCAGAAACCGACGGCAACACCUGAUAUCAAUGAACGCUUUUGAACGUCACAAGAAGUUUAUCAGCGACUACAUUCUGUAUUAUGGAGGGAGCGUUGAACACCUCAGACGAUCCACGUCUAAAGAUAAGACCGAUCUAGAUGUGGUGAAAGAGAACCACCGUUUCCUGUGGAGAGAGGAGGAUGAGGAGGAUAUGACAUGGGAGCAAGAGCUCGCAAAGAAGUACCACGAUAAGCUCUUCAAAGAGUACUGUAUCGCUGACCUUAGCAGAUACAAAGAAAAUAAGUUUGGAUUUCGGUGGCGCAUUGAAAAUGAAGUAGUUUCUGGAAAAGGCCAGUUCUUUUGCGGUAACAAGCGCUGUGAGAAUAAGGAGGGUCUGAAGAGCUGGGAGGUAAAUUUUGCCUAUGUGGAGCAUGGGGAGAAGAGGAACGCCCUGGUGAAACUGCGUCUGUGUCCAGAGUGCUCCUACAAACUUAACUAUCAUCACAAGAGAAAGGAAGUAACGGUGAAGAAGAGACGGCGAUCGAAAGAGAACGUGGACAAGUCACUCAUUAAGAAAUCCAAAUCAUCCCAAUCCAGAAAGCACAAGCGCAAAGACAAACGCAAACACAAAAAGAGGCGCAAAGAAUACUCAUCUUCAAGUUCAGAGGAGUCUCAGGGGUCAGAUAAAGAUGCAGAGAGUGAGGAUGAAGAAGAAGAAGGUCCUUCAGAAUCAGACCACUGGAGAGGUCCAGCUCCCACUGUGGAGGAGAAAUCCCGGGAGGAAGAAUUCGAUGAGUAUUUUGAAGACAUGUUUCUCUGAGUCUAGGAAAGGAGGAUCCAAAAGAAUCUCCUUCCUACGGUUUUCUUUUUAUAUACACUUUUUUUUUUUUUUUUUGGAGAAGUAUGGUUUGAUUACAGUUUGGUGAUUGUUAUAAUAAUUGUUUUUUAUAUAUAAUUUUUACUGGUCCUCAUUCAAGUAGAAAUAAUUGCAUAUGAAGAAUCUAUUCAUAAAAUAUUACUAGAAUAUAUAUGCACACAAUGCAACAAUUUACAUAACAAUACUUUUACAUGAGGCCUAUAAUGUUUACCUCUCAGAUAUUUAUCAUUGAGAGAUAUUUGGAUUUCCACUAAGUACAGUAAAAGAUUUUACUUUUGCAGCAAUGUCAAUAAAAACAUUGUAGGAAUCCAUAGCAACUUAACUAUUUAUUGAGUUUACAAUCAGACACUAUGAAGUGUUUGUAUCAUCUGAAUCAUUAAAUGUUGACAGAAUGACUGA